AUGCCCACAACCCGUCGUGCGGUCAAGGCGCCUGGCCAUCUCAAUGACAUCAAGGAGUACGGUGCCACUCAGAAGGACGAUAAUGUCUCCAAGAAACGUUCUCGCGAUAUGGAUGGCGACACCACCGAGGAGGACCUUACUGUCUCCGCGAAACGCGCACUUGAUAGCGAUGACGACCUCACUGUUACGAAGAAGCGUAAGGUGCAUGACAGUGGCGGCAGCUGGCUGUUCUUCAAGGAGACUGUCGUCAAGAAGCGCAGUGGCCAGGGCUUGAAGAUCAAGCUCAAGGUCGCCGCUCCCAAGGACAUGACCCCAACCACCAAGACGGAAACCAAGGUGGACGUUCAUCAGAAGUCUACCGAGAGCAAGAUGCCUGUAGUUGAUGUUACCCCUGACAAGCGUUCAACCGGCAAGAAGCGUGUCUGGAGUGAUACCGACGAGGAGACUCCAGCCAGCAAGAAACCCAAGACUGCGGGUUGUGAUGAGGGUCACCUGGAUCACAAGAAGCCUGUCAACAAUGACAAUCAAGGCAAGGACCAGGUGCAAGCCAUCGAAAAUGUCGAGGUUGUUAUACCAGUGAAGAAGAGAGUCCGACCUAUCGUGUGGGACUCCGACGAGGACGACUGGGAUGUUGCUACGAGCGACAACAAGAGAAAGAGAGACGCCGAUGAUGAUGAAGAGAAUGCCGCAAAGAAGCGGAGAUACGAUGUUGUACGCCCUGAAUCGGACAAGGAGAACAUGCGGACCAAGAAGACCACCAAGUCCUCUAGGAAACUUGCCGAGCCACGUACUCGCAAGCAAUCUUCAGUCGUGCUUACGGACAAGCAGGCGAAUGCACCAGGAGCUUUGAAAGGUCAGGCUGACAAGACAACCAAGAACACCAAAGGUCAGGCUAGCAAGUCGACUAAGCGUUUGAACGUUGCCAGAGAUGAGCCCAAGAAGACCACCAAGCGUGGCAAGCGAGGCAAGAAAGAAGAGCCGAAACCUGAGCGACUCACCACUGGGCAACGCCGACGUUUUCAGAAAGUCAAACCUGACCUGAGAACUCCGGAAGAAAUCGAGUACUCGAAGACGUUUGGCCGUCGUUGGGACUGA